AUGGCUGCCGCUACGCGUAGCAUCAAAUGUGUCGUUGUGGGAGACGGUGCUGUCGGCAAGACAUGCUUGCUUAUCUCGUACACAACCAACGCGUUCCCCGGAGAAUACGUGCCAACCGUGUUUGACAACUACUCGUCCCAGGUCAUUGUCGAUGGCAUGACCGUUAGCCUUGGUCUGUGGGACACAGCCGGACAGGAAGACUACGACCGUCUCCGUCCCCUCUCGUACCCCCAGACCGACGUCUUCCUGCUAUGCUUUUCGGUCGUCUCCCCUGCAUCGUUCGAGAACAUCAGGACCAAGUGGUGGCCCGAGAUCCAACAUCACUCCCCCGGAACGCCCAUCAUUCUCGUUGGCACCAAGCUUGACCUGCGGGAGGACCCCAUGCAGGCUGAGAGGCUUCGCGAGAGGCGACAGGCGCCCAUUCAGUACUCGCAGGGUACGGCAAUGGCCAACGACAUCAAGGCGGCCCGAUACCUUGAGUGCUCAGCGCUCACUCAGGUCGGCCUGAAGAAUGUGUUUGACGAGGCAAUCCGCACCGUCCUCAACCCCGGUCGCCGCAACGGAAAGGCCAAGAAGUCAAGUGGCUGCGUCCUCAUGUGA